AUGUCGUUCUUCAGAACUCUCUUCUUCCGCAAGAAGAAAGCCCCUCUAGUCUGCACCAUUGACCUCGCCCACGAUCCCAACCAUGUCCACACCGACGCCUGUUUCGUCGAGAUCGCGCCUCUCUCCAUCGUCGAGUUCUUCAUGUCCCAAGGUUGCGAGGCAUGCCCAGCCGCCAUCCCCCUGAUUCACAAAUCCGCCAUGGCGAACAACAACGUCCUCCUGCUAACCUACAACGUCACCUACUUCAACAACCGCACCGGCUGGACAGACACCAAAUCCAACACCCUCUGGGACGCCCGCCAAGCCGCCUACUCGAAACGCUGGUCCCGCACCGCGGCCUUCACGCCGCAAGUCAUCAUCGACGGCAUCGCCGACGGCACGGGCGCCAAAGAAGGCGACUUCAACUCCAUCCUGUCCAACGCCAUCGAAGCGCGCAAUAACUCGCCCCUCGCCGUCGGCAUGGAGAAGGUCGACAACCGCCGCCUCAAGAUCGCGAGCGAGACGGUCGAGACUGAGGUGUAUGAUGUGGUGGUCAUCAGCUAUGAGGCAAGAGCGGAAGUGGUCAAGGUGGGCAAGGGGCCGAACAAAGGAAAGAAAUUGGAGCAUCGGAAUGUGGUGAGGGAGGUGGUCAAGAUUGAGGAGUGGGCGGGCGGGCCGAAGGUGUUGGAGUUGCUGGAGAUGCCCGAGGGGAAUGCGCUGCAGCAUGUGGUGGUGUUGCAGCAGGGGGUUGGGGGGCCGAUCGUGGCCGCUUGUAGAUUGUAG